CCAAUGGCAGGAGUGUCCCUUUCAUCGUCUUAUAGAACAAAGACAUACGUGGGGUGUUAAUUCGUGUGAUUCUUUACUCUUUGCGCAUUUUACGACAUCAUCCAAGCGGAAAUAAGAGCAAAAAGGCUGGAUUCAUCUAACGGAUUUUUGUCGCGGCUGUUCCUGAAGAGAGAUCGGGACAGCUGCGAUGCCGACAGGGGCCCGGGAUACUCAAGGAAACAAACCUCAAUAGGAUGCACCCAUGCGCGCCUGCUUCCACGGCGCGGUGGCACCAGAAGGAUGUCUUGUGGAGCCACUCAGGAUGCGGGAAAUAGGAAACUGGACAGUCACUUCCUUUUCACUCUCCUAGUCACUUUCCUGUACCAGGUGCACCCAGGUGAAGGGUCGUUCCUGCGCGGAUCGAAGGCGGUUUUUGCACGUGGUUGUGUCGACCACUGGAUCCUAGCGGAUCCACAGCGUAUGCCUCAGUUGAUGCAGAUGACACUGUGUGUGGAUGUGCGGCCACUGCACGCAGAGGGGGAGUGGACAGCCUUCACCUACAGCACACUGCCCGCACCCCACUACAGCUUGGCCCUGCAGGGUGACACCCACGGCCUGUACGUCUGGCUGCUGGGUGUCCAACACCAUUUCCCCACCCACUUGGCGCCUCUUCGCUGGCAUCAUGUCUGCCUGCAGCACGAUACGUACCGCCGAACCAUGACCCUGGAGGUGGACGGGGAGGUGUUUGAGCGCACAGUCAUCACCCGGGCCAUCCCACCGGCUGGGGAACUAGUGCUGGGGUGCCGUAGCUGGGAUGUGGCGCCGGCGAAGUGGGGAGCAGGGGGGGCAGAGCUCUAUCUGUUCCGCAUAUGGGAUGAUGUGCGCAAGCAUUUGGCCUGCGAAGACGGCAGCGUGGUUGGCUGGGACUCGCAGGACUGGCAUGUGAUCGGCAUUUCCAGGUUUUCUGAUGACAUGCUCCUCUGCGGCCAAAAACGGGCAAGACGGGAAGCCUUGGCACCCAUCGCUGGGCGGCUCUUCCCCUCACUCAUGCCUGCAACAGCAGUCUCCCCUCCUUCUACAACCAAGCCGCCUGUCAUAUCAGUGGCUUCCGUUGUGACGCCGCCAGAACCUCUUGUUGUGAAAUGCAGCUUCUCUGAGUUCUGUGCUAUAAGAACUGCCUACUACUGGAUGUCUGUCAAUCUGGAAACCUCUGGAAAGAAGAGCGAGGCUCAGAUCAGCGCAUGGCUCUCCCAAGUCUUCAGUAUUUCCACUUGUGUGUCGUCUAAUCACACGAUAAUCAGCACCUCUUCUGACAGAGGUCAGAACACAUGCAAAAAUGAGACAGAGACAGCAGUCAGUCUUUUGGAGGACCUUGAGGUGACAUGCAACACCAAGGUAGACAUAAGUGUGACUAACUGCACAGUCCUGCUGCAGCUGAGUCAGCCGACAGACAACUGCAUGCUCAGACAGGUGCUGCAGGAGAGUAGUCUGGACACUUCCAUCCAGGCUCGUGUGCUGGGUGAAGUGGAGAGAGUGGGUAAGGGGUUGUGCCAGAAUGGGGACACAUUAACAACUGAUGACGGAUAUGUGAGGUGCACUUCCUCUACCUCAUUCUCUGAAGUCUGCUCUUCUGGAGGACCACUGACUGUGACAUGCACCUACAUGGAGACAGCAUACAUUCCAAUGGCGAUGCAUUCACCCAUUAGCCAGCUCUGUAACCGGAAAGAGCAGCAGUAUUGUAACUGCUCAGAUUUCUGCAGAGACACAGCUAUGUACUACCUGCUGGACAUUAACAUUCUCAGUGCAGCUAUCUCAAUCACAGACAUCAGGAAAAUGGUUUCUCAGCUGAGCUCAGCACAACCUUGUAAAAGUCCUGUCACCAUAUGUCAAAGUUUUCACUUAAUAUCUGCAGUCUACCAGGGGGCUCAUCUGGAAUGCCAUGGGACGGACUCUCGCCUAUAUAGCUGCAGGGUGGUUCUGAAACUAUCUCAGCCAGUGGAGAUGUGUUUGGCCAGUGAAGUUAUGUUAUAUCUGCUCAAAGACAGUAAUGACAUUCGCUUCAAUGGCACCAUUACAAGAGCAGCAAUAUGUGGCUGGCCCUCAGGACCUAUGGAUGAUCUUCUGAACUCCACCUUCACCUGGGUCUCUGCAAACCUCAAUGCUUCUCAGAUCUGUGAUAGUCUUAAUCCUGUUAUCUUCUCCUGCAUGGAAGAUGAAAUUCUCGGCGUGUUUUUGAUGGAGAGCUGUAGAAGGCCGACCUCUCCUACUUCUACGACCACAUCCUCACCAGUGACCAUGCACCUGUCCCGUCCUACGGUCACACCAUCGUCCACCCACAACUUCUCCAAUCCCUUCACAACACCCAACCAAUUCACCUCAUCAACUCUUCACAGCACAACCACACACAGCAGCACUAUGAUCACUACACAAAGGCACAGAGUAUCACCAUAUAACACCGCCACGCAGCAGAGAAGAACAACACUAAGCUCUACAGCACAACAGAACACAACAGCUAUUAUGCACAAAACUACCACACAACAAAACAUAACGGAACUACCACUGACUCCUAGAACACAACAAAACACAACAGCUAUUCUGUACCAUACUACCACACAACAAAACACAACAGCGCUACCACUGACUGCUACAGCACUGCAAAACACAACAGCAUUUCCACUGUCUGCUACCUCACAACAGAACACAACAGCUGUUCUGCACAAUAUUAACACACAACAAAGUACAACAGCAAUUCCACUGACUGCUACCAGACAACAUAAUGCAACAGCUAUUCUGCUCAAUACCACUACCCAACAAAACACAACAGCACUACCCCUGACUACUACCACACAACAGAACAUAACAGCUACUCUGCAUAAUGUUACUACACAACAAAACACAACAACACUAACACUGACUGCUACCACACAACAGAACACAACAGCUAUUCUCCUCAAUACUACUAAACAACAAUACACAACAGUACUACCACUGACGGCUACAACACAACAUAAUGCAACAGCUAUUCUGCUGAAUACUACUAAACAACAAUACAAAACAGCACUACCACUGACGGCUACAACACAACAGAACACAACAGCUAUUCUCCCCAAUACUACCACACAACAAAACACAACAGCAGUUCCACUGACUGCUACCAAACAACAAAACACAACAGCAGUUCCACUGACUGCUACCACACAACAAAAUGCAACAGAUAUUCUCCACAAUACUACUACACAACAAAACACAACAGCACUACCCCUUACUGCUACCACACAACAGAACACAAAAGCUAUUAUGCUCAAUACUACCACACAACAAAACACAACAGCACUACCACUGACUGCUACAACACAACAAAAUGCAACAGUGAUUCUGCUCAAUACUACUAAACAACAAUACACAACAGCACUACCACUGACUGCUACCACACAACAAAAUGCAACAGAUAUUCUGCUCAAUACUAUUACAAAACAAAACACAACAGCACUUCCACUGACUGCUACUACACAACAAAACACAACAGCACUACCACUGACUGCUACCACACAACAGAAUACAACAGCUAUUCUGCUCAAUACUACUAAACAACAAUACACAACAGCACUACCACUGAAUGCUUUACCACAACAGAACACAACAGCUAUUCUCCCCAAUACUACCACACAACAAAACACAACAGCAGUUCCACUGACUGCUACCACACAACAUAAUGCAACAGCUAUUCUACUCAAUACUACUACACACCAAAACACCACAGCAAUGCCCCUUACUGCUACCAGACAACAGAACACAAAAGCUAUUACGCUCAAUACUACCACACAACAAAACACAACAGCACAACCACUGACUGCUACAACACAACAGAAUGCAACAGCGAUUCUGCUCAAUACUACUAAACAACAACAAACAACAGCACUACCACUGACUGCUUCACCACAACAGAACACAACAGCUAUUCUGCUCAAUAUUACCACACAACAAAACACAACUGCAGUUCCACUGACUGCUACCACACAACAAAAUGCAACAGAUAUUAUCCUCAAUACUACUACACAACAGAACACAACAGCUAUUCUCCCCAAUACUACCACACAACAAAACACAACAGCAGUUCCACUGACUGCUACCACGCAACAUAAUGCAACAGCUAUUCUACUCAAUACUACUACACACCAAAACACCACAGCAAUGCCCCUUACUGCUACCAGACAACAGAACACAAAAGCUAUUACGCUCAAUACUACCACACAACAAAACACAACAGCACAACCACUGACUGCUACAACACAACAGAAUGCAACAGCGAUUCUGCUCAAUACUACUAAACAACAACAAACAACAGCACUACCACUGACUGCUUCACCACAACAGAACACAACAGCUAUUCUGCUCAAUAUUACCACACAACAAAACACAACUGCAGUUCCACUGACUGCUACCACACAACAAAAUGCAACAGAUAUUAUCCUCAAUACUACUACACAACAGAACACAACAGCACUUCCUCUGUCUGCUACAACACAACAAUACACAGCAGCAGUUCCGCUGACUGCUACCACGCAACAAAAUGCAACAGCUUUUCUGCUCAAUACUACCGUACAACAAAACACAACAGCACUACCACCAUCUGCUACAGCACAACAGAACGUAACAGCUAUUUUGCACAAUAUUACCACACAACAAAACACAACGGCACUUCCACUGACUGUGACAACACAACAGAACACAACAGCUAUUCUGCUCAAUACUACUGCUGUAACACAACAAAACACAACAGCACUUCCACUGACUGCUACCACACAACAGAGCACAAGAGAUAUUCUGCUCAGCACUUCCACACAACAAAACACAACGGCACUUCCACUGACUGCGACAACACAACAGAACACAACAGCUAUUCUGCUCAAUACUACUGCUGCAACACAACAAAACACAACAGCACUUCCACUGACUGCUACCACACAACAGAGCACAAGAGAUAUUCUGCUCAGCACUUCCACCCAACAAAACACAACAGUUAAUCAGCUCGAUACUACCACACAGCAAAACACAACAGCACUUCCACUGACUGCUACCACACAAGAGAGCACAAGAGAUAUUCUGCUCAGCACUUCCACGCAACAAAACACAACAGUUAAUCAGCUCAAUACUACCACACAGCAAAACACAACAGCACUACCACUGACUACUACAACGCAACAGAACACAACAGCUAUUUUGUUGAAGACUGCAGCACCAAAUACUACAUAUCAUACACUAUAUGUGACAGAAUAUAACACAACAACUAUUCCACUGAACACAAGAUUGCAGCCUAAUACAACAUCUCUUCCUCAAAAUAUUACGUCAGUGAACACAACCAGUUUUCAGAUGAGCACGACACAAGCUAAUAUAACAGGUUUUCCACAAAUGACCGUAAUACCAUACAAUACAACAACAUAUAUCAUAACUGUUCCGCAAAACAAAACGCAGCAUAAUACAACAUCACUUCUGCUAAUAUUGACAACACAGCAAAAUACAACAGCUCAACCAGUAAGUCCAACAACACUAUACAAUACAAAAUAUAUUCCACAGCAGAACACAACUCCAUACAAUAUAACAACUCUUCCUCCAAAUACAGUCCAACAUACUACUGCUGUUCUGGCAACCAUGACAGAACAACACAAUGCAACAUCUCUUCCAGUAAAUAUAACAAUGCCAUGGAAUAUAUCUAGUUUACCAAACACAAAAAUACAACCUAAGACAAUAGCCCUUACAGAAACCACAACACAGUAUAAUAUGACAGUCCAUCCCAUUGAAAUAACAGUACACCAAAAUGAAACAAUUACAGCAUCUUUACCAAAGGCAACAACCCAACAGAGCACAGCUUCUCUCCAAGUGAAAGCAACCACCAAAGUAUCUGUGGCAAACACUCAGUCAAACAUGAGGACAUAUGGAGCAGGUCUGACAACACCUCACUCAGUCAACCAAACAAGGACACAGACCACCACAAUUAUGUCCCCCAGCACCAACAGCAAAUCCACUAGAACAAACACAACUGCAAAUUUCACCAACCCCAUAGUCAUUCCCCCUGUCUUGCCCACUGUGGCCCCUUUGACUAUCUCCACAACAGAUGAUGCCACCAUGGAAUUUACCACAGUAACCAUGACGACUGCAAGUGAGGAGACUCAGGCUGACAAGCUCCUGGAGCAGACGAGGAACAUCUCUGCACUGAACUCUUCUCAGGUGGAGCAGGUGGUUUCCAGACUGGAGGAUCUGCUCUCCGGGCCCAAUGUCACCCUGGCACUGGGCCAUAAGCUACUUGACAUUGUCAGUAAUCUACUCAAUGCCUCGGCCAACACCCUGGCUGCCUCCUCCUCUAGGAUCAUCAGGGCAGUAGAAACACUGGGGUUGAAGCUGGUAGUGCAGAGCAGGACCACAACAAUCUCAUCUGAUUCCCUUGCUCUGGCCGUGAGGAAGGUGGACGGAGACAGUUUUGAGGAGAUGUCCUUUUCCAUUACUGACCCUAACAACCUUCAGAUUGGUGUCCGUGGUGAGCAGAGAGCUCGAAGGAGGACAGGGAACCUGAGGGCCCCUACACUGGGCACAAUCACCCUACCUGCCUCCUUAACUAUUAAUCUGACUGUCCAAGAACAGCUGCUAGCCUCCAGGGUCCAGUUCAUCUUUUACCAGAAAACCACUGUGUUCCAGGACAAUGCCCUUGGCAACAGAAGCCUCAACAGUGGUGUCUUGGCUACGAGUGUGGCCAACCUGUCAAUCAGUGGACUAAGGGACAAUGUUGUCUUCACCCUGCAAAACAACAAACCCAUACAGGGGAACUUUGUUGCCAGCUGCGUCUUUUGGGAUCUCAACCGAAAUGAGAGAUCAGGAGGCUGGAGCAGUGAUGGCUGCACUGUUGAGAACAUGACGGACGAAGAGACCAUCUGCAGCUGCAACCAUCUCACCAGCUUCGCUGUGCUAUUGGACCUUUCUAGAGAGGGCAUUACUGACCGUCUGCAAGCCAUCAUCCAAACCUUCAUUACUUUCAUUGGCUGUGGUAUCUCUGCUAUCUUUCUGUCCAUUACUGUUCUCACCUACCUGGCCUUUGAGAAAUUACGGAGGGACAUUCCUUCCAAGAUCUUGAUCCAACUGUGUACAGCCCUGCUGCUGCUGAAUCUGACCUUCCUGCUAGACUCAUGGCUGGCCCUGUACUCAGACGCCAUGGGCCUCUGCAUCUCCACCGCUUUCUUCUUGCACUACUUCCUGCUUGUGUCCUUCACCUGGAUGGGGCUGGAGGCCUUCCACAUGUACCUGGCUAUCGUCAAGGUCUUCAACUCCUACAUGUCCAGAUACAUGCUCAAGUUCUCCCUUUUCGGCUGGGGCGUCCCUCUAAUUGUGGUCAUAGUUGUGAUUGCAAUCAACAAAGACAAUUAUGGCCUCAUUUCCUAUGGAAAGUAUACUGAUGGAUCAACAGAUGAAUUUUGCUGGAUCAAGAACGACGUGGCCUUCUACGUGGCAGUUGUGGCUUAUUUCUGCCUGGUGUUUGUGGUCAACCUGGCCAUGUUUGUGGUUGUGAUGGUGCAGCUAAGCCGGAUCAAACAGCAGAACCCCCAUAAUUCCCAGCAUCGUAAUGGGCUGCAGGAGUUGCGAAGUGUGGCUGGACUCACCUUCCUCCUUGGCCUGACCUGGGGCUUCGCAUUCUUUGCCUGGGGGCCUGUAAACCUGGCCUUCAUGUAUCUGUUCGCCAUCUUAAACUCCCUUCAAGGAUUCUUCAUUUUCGUCUUCCACUGUGCCCUAAAGGACAAUGUGCGUAGGCAAUGGCGGGCAUACUUGUGCUGUGGGAGACUGCAGCUGCCAGAGAGCACAGAAUGGAGCCUUUCUACAGUCCAGGCCAACAACAAGAAAGACUCCGUGUUCACUGGCACCUCUUUCCAGACCUCCGGUUCCAAUCUGUCCAGCAGCACCUCCUUCAGGACCAAUGAGAGUACCGAGCUGCCCAGCCCUACCAGUGUUGUGUCUGAGGACAGUGUGUUCACUUCAUCACAGGAGCCAAAUGGGGAUGUGGUUUUCAACAGCAGGCAGAGGGCACAAAGACCUCUGUGAAUUCUGGGAAAAAAUGUGAACUCUAUCCAGGCCGUUAUGGUAUCCACAAAACAAAUUAAGGAUUUAUUUGUAUAGAAAGUGUCAGGAAGUAGAGAAAAAUUCUCAGAGCUAACCCAUAAUACACUCAUAUGUGCCAUCUCAUUCCUUUCAUUAGAAACAAUGUUACAUUUGUCUGAAGUUAGGAGUUUUUUUCAGAACUUCUAAAAAACUCUGUUUUCCAUCUUUUACAGCACAAGGCCUAACUUUUGGAAAAAAGAGGACAUAGAGGAUUCUGGGAAUCAAGAGGGCAGAUAAAUCUGGAGUAAACUACCCCUACACUGUCAUAAGAAGAGGUGUGGUCCUCACCCUUUUGGAAAUGCAUCACUGUGAUGUCAUAUUUACAGAGGAAUAUCAUUAUGGGUUUUUUGUUUAUUUUCAAUAUCUUAAUUGUCACUGUUUAUAUUUACGUUUGUUCGUCAUACAAGAGAAAAUAUUCUUGUUUUUUUGUUUUGUUUUUUGAAGGACUGAGUGCAGUUAAUUCUCCUGAGGUUGAAAGUGCCUUUAAUUGUUAUUUUUCUUUUCAAUUCUACUGUUGUGGACUGUCAAAUUGAACUUGUUUACAAAGCUUAGACAAGAUUCAAAAGUAAUGGCUGAACAGUGGCAUUUGAUCCUGGUUUUGGAAUGUAGAAGCCACAUGAUAAAAACACAUAUGUUACAGAGUGGCACGGAGGGCACUCUGUAGGUGCAGUGGUCAGUUUUGUUAAUAUAAAUCAUUGGUUCCUACAAGGCAGUGUGAACUGUGCAUGAUAAUUUAUAUAUAUAUAUUUAUGUCCACAUGUGAAGCUCAGAUUUAAAAAUUGACCAGAAGGCAGAUACUCAUUUACGAUGUUCUAUUGACCAAGGAAAUUUGACAGGAUUUUUCUCUUCUCUGUGCAGUGUACAAUUUCAAUGGUUCACACUAUUCUGUGAGCAGUGUAUGAUUUCCUUAGUUUACAUUCCUUGUGCAGGGUGUAAGAGCACUAGGUUAUGCUCUCCUUUGUACAGGGAUCACUAGAUUAUGCUCUCCUUUGUGUAGGGAUCACUAGAUUAUGCUCUCCUUUGUGCACGGUGUAACAUCACUAGAUUAUGCUCUCCUCUAUGGAUAUAUGUUUACAUUUCUGUCUCAGCAGGCCUUGAUGCUUAUUUUGAAGAAAAGUAAAGAAAGAUUACUUUUUCCACA